GCGCACUGCGAUGCCAUGGCCAGCUCCUCGGACAGCGAGGAUGACGCGUUCAUGGCCGUGGACCCCGAGGAGGCCGCGGCCGAAGGGACCAUGGAGCAGGACGAGGAGCCUGCCGCCGAGCUGGAGCUGCCGCGGAGCGCGCACCGCAGGUCCAUGCUGGAGCUCCCGGAGGAGGUGCUGGAAUACAUCCUGUCCUUCCUCUCGCCCUACCAGGAGCACAAGACCGCAGCCCUCGUCUGCAAGCAGUGGUAUCGACUCAUCAAAGGUGUGGCCCACCAGUGCUACCACGGCUUCAUCAAAGCGGUGCACGAAGGAAACAUCCAGUGGGAGAGUCGCACUUACCCCUAUCCCGGCACCCCCAUCACACAACGCUUCUCGCACAGUGCGUGCUACUACGACGCCAAUCAGUCCAUGUACGUGUUUGGUGGCUGCACGCAGAGCAGUUGCAACGCAGCCUUCAACGAUCUCUGGAGGCUUGACCUAAAUAGCAAGGAGUGGAUCCGGCCGCUGGCGUCAGGUUCCUACCCGUCGCCCAAGGCCGGGGCCACCCUGGUCGUCUACAAGGACCUGCUCGUGCUUUUCGGCGGCUGGACGCGGCCCAGCCCCUACCCCCUGCACCAGCCCGAGAGGUUCUUCGACGAGAUCCACACCUACUCGCCCUCCAAAAACUGGUGGAACUGCAUCGUCACCACGCACGGCCCCCCGCCCAUGGCGGGCCACUCCUCCUGCGUCAUCCAGGACAAGAUGAUCGUCUUCGGGGGCUCGCUGGGCUCGCGGCAAAUGAGCAACGACGUCUGGGUGCUGGAUCUCGAGCAGUGGGCCUGGUCCAAGCCCAACAUCUCCGGGCCCAGCCCUCACCCGCGGGGCGGCCAGUCGCAGAUUGUCAUAGAUGACGAAACCAUUUUAAUCCUCGGCGGCUGCGGAGGCCCCAACGCGCUCUUCAAGGACGCCUGGUUGCUGCACAUGCGGGCGAGCCCCUGGACGUGGCAGCCGCUCAAGGUGGAGAACGAGGAGCACGGCGCGCCGGAGCUCUGGUGCCAUCCUGCGUGCAGGGUGGGCCAGUGCGUGGUGGUGUUCAGCCAGGCGCCGAGCGGCCGCGCGCCGCUCAGCCCCAGCCUCAACUCGCGGCCGUCGCCCAUCAGCGCCACGGCGCCCGGCGGCGAGGGCGGCAGCGCGAUGUCCCCGCGGGCGCCCGCCGAGGCGCCCGCCCUGCCCGCCCUGGCGCGCCGCCUCGGCCACCACCCGCCGCAGUCGCUCAACGUGGGCAAGCCGCUCUACCAGAGCAUGAACUGCAAGCCCAUGCAGAUGUACGUGCUGGACGUGGAGGGCGGCAAGGAGAAGGGCCGCGUCAAGUGGAAGGUGUUCAGCAGCGGCGCCGUGGUGGGGCCGCCCGAGACCAGCCUGCACACCGUGGUGCAGGGCAGGGGCGAGCUCAUCAUCUUCGGCGGCCUCAUGGACAAGAAGCAGAACGUGAAGUACUAUCCCAAAACCAAUGCCUUGUACUUUGUGCGGGCCAAGAGAUAAUGGGGCGCCCGGCGCCGCCGCUCGCCCCGCUCCGCCCGCUCU